CCUGACUCUCUUCUCCCUCCCUCUUUGUGUUGCAGAACCUUGUCGAGGAGCAGCAAAGCCAGCUGAACCAAUACGAGUGUGCAGCGGGCCAGUGUGUCAGCGAGCUGCAGAAGGCCCAACUCCAGGUCCAGUCCCUGCAGGCCAAAAUCCACGAGAGUGAUUCCAACAAUAUGAGGCUACAGGAGAAGCUGAAUGAGAUGGAGUGCGAGCUUCGUUCCCUCCGCCAGGCUGCUCAGAGUCAGGAGAGAACCAUCCAAGACCUCACGGAAUCGAUCGGCACCAAAGACAGUGAGGCCCAGAAGUUGUAUCAGCUGAUCGAGGGGCAAAACGUCACAUUAAACAAGCUCCGAGAGAUGGCCCACCGUAAUCAACUCGCACAAAGCAAGGCUCCAGAGGGGGUCAGUGAGUCUGUGACGCUUUCCCAGCUGCAAGGGGAGCUGGUGGGAGUGCAAAGCUCCCUGUUCUCUUUGGGCCUGGAGCUGGAGGCCAGCCAGAGGAGUCUCAGGCAGAGUCAGAGACAAGGUGACGAUCUGGCCCGCUUCAAAGACAGACUGAAUGCUGACCUUCAGGACGCGCUGCAGCAUAGGGAAGAGACUGAAAAACACAAUCAGGACCUGCGUUGCACACUUCAGAAAACUCGCGCCGAGCUCAGGGCUAAGGAAGAAGCUCUGAAGGAAGUCGAGGCCGAGAGGCUCUCCGUGGCGCAAGAAAAAGACAGAAGCAUCGCACAGCUCAAUCACUCUCUGCGGGAGAAGGAGCGACAGUUACAGGAGUACUCACAAAUGUUCGAGACACCAGAAAGUUCCAAACCAAGAGAUGCACUUCUAGAGAAAUUAAGAGAGAGAAUUAAAGACAGAGACAGAGCUUUGGAGCGCACCAUCGAUGACAAGUUCCGCUGCCUGGAUGAACGCGAGGGUCAAGUGAGGACACUGCAGCUGGCGCUACGGGAAAAAGACCGAGACCUGGACAGGCUCCGCUGCAUCCUGUCUAACAACGAGGAGACCAUCACGAGUCUCGAUGCUCUGGUGCAAAGGAAAGAGCUGGAGCUGGAGCAGGCGGCCGAAGCCUACAGAAACCUUCAGUGGCUGAAACAGGAGAGUGAAGAAAAGGAGAGGAGCAUUUUCAGGGAGAAGGACGCCAUCAUUGGUCAGCUGCAAGCAGCGCUGCAGGCUCGCAGCAAGGAGAUACAGGAUCUGACGGCGACCCUGGUCGCCAGAGUUCAGGCCGGCCCCACCGAGGUGGUGGAGGAGCUGAAGGCUCGGCUCCAGCUGAAGGAGAAGCUCUUUCAGGACCUGCUGUCAGACCGCAGCCGCCAAUCAAGUGAACACCAAACACGGGUGUCAGACCUGCUCAACACCCUCAGUGUCAAAGACCAGUACCUGCAGGACAAUUCGUACAGGCUGUCCUUGGUUAUAAGCGAGCGCACAGGUCAGCUGCAGGAGGUGCGCAGGCAGCUGUCGAAGAGAGAGCAGGAGCUGUGCGAGCUGAGGCGGGACAAAGAGAGGGAGACGGGCGGAGACGUGCAGCACCUGCAAGGUCUUCUCCGAGAGAAAGAAGCCUUUUUUAAGGAGAUGAUGCAGAACCAAGAGGAAGUCAUGAUGCAGCCGUCUCCAGAAAGUGAAGAAGACAUGAAGGCUCUUCAGGAAGAGCUGCAGUUAAUGCUUAAGAAGGAGAGGGAAGCCCAGAAAGAACUGUCUGCUCUGCGUUCAUCUUUGGCUGCCCAGCAAGCAAAGGGAGCAGCAACAGCAAGUACCGAGCAUGUGCUGGAGCAGCUUGUCUUGGAGUACCGUCAGCUGAAUGGUGCCCUGAGGACCGAAAAGAGAUUAUACCAGAAUCUCAUUCACACCAAUAGCGACAGCUCCGACAAGGUCUUGGCCCUCCACACUCAGCUGGACUCGGUUCAGGCACUCCGCGGGCAACUGGAGGAGGUCCUGACCCGGAUUCAGAACAUGGCCCUGGACCUGGAAAGGGCCACCAAAAGGCAGCGUGACUUAGGAGAUGUCAGCACUGAAGAGGACGAGGGGGAUGAUGAAGACGGCAGCAGCGACGAGUUCACCGACAGCAUAGAGGACGACGAGAAAGUUACACCUGCGAGUUUGCCUUUCACCGAGCCUCAAACGGCCCGUGGACAUGAAGGAGAGUCUGCAUUCCUGAGGACUCGCACGCAGACCGUUGAACUGGAGCUAAAAGAAAUACAGUCACAGCUUGAGCGGGAGGGAUUCACCUCGGUGACCCAGAUGAGGAGCACACUGCAGAGGCUUCGGAAGGAGAACCAGUUCCUAAAAGAACAUCAGGGAGUGGGGACAGACCACAGGAGUCUUGACCAGGGUGAGGAGGAGGAUGAUACUGAGGAGGAGGACUACAUGGAAGAUGAUGAACGGGGGGCUACAUCUUCCGUGCCUGUCAAGGGUCUGAGUGAGCAUUCGGCCCGGCUUUGUUCGGAGAACCGAGAACUGCAGGAGAGGCUGAUGGUGUCUGAAGCCACCGUUCACGCUCAGGCCGAGCAGCUGAAGGACUACAGGGACCUGCUCACGGAGACGUCUGUGCAGCAGGCCAGUAAGCAGGUGCAAGUGGAUCUACAGGAUUUGGGCUAUGAGACUUGUGGACGCAGUGAAAAUGAAGCUGAGAGGGACGAUGCCAGCAGCCCAGAGUUUGAUGACCUCGAGAUGUGCACGUCGCUGUCUCAUCAGCAGGAGGAUAGCGUGGGAGGGGACUGGUACAAGGCCAGUAGAACCGGGCGUAACGGAGGUGCGUCCGACGGAACCGGGGAUGAAUCAGCUUUGCAUCACCUGGUCCAGGAUCUGCGCUCCCAGCUAACCCGCUGCCACAAAGUAAUCCGCGGGCUUCAGAUGCGUGUUCGCUCCCUGUCGGCCACAAGUGACUAUGCCUCGAGCCUUGAGCGGACGCCACGCAAGGUAAACUGGGCCUUCGAGAUGUCACCCGCCCAAGAGGGCGUGGAGGAAGAUGAAGGCUGGGUGUCCGACACCCAGGCGACUUCACCUGCGUCCAAACCCAGUCGCGAGCUGCAGGAGCUGAUGGCACGAGUGGCAACCUUGGAGGCCCAAUUGAGCAGCUCCAAGUUGGAGGGGAAGUGCGAAGCAGAGCAGGGGAAAUGUGCCACAUGGCCUGGAAAGUACAACUCUCUCAUCCAGGCCCAAGCUCGUGAGCUCUCCCACCUGAGGCAGCGGAUGAGAGAGGGUGAAGGAGUCUCCCAUAUCCUCACCCAGCAUCUGGGUGACACCACCAAGGCUUUUGAGGAGCUGCUGCGGGCCAACGAUGUUGACUACUACAUGGGGCAGAGCUUUCGAGAGCAGCUUUCACAAAGCACCGCGCUAGCUCAGAGACUGCUCAUCAAGCUCACUGGACGAGUGGAGAGCCCCGUUGACAAGACAGGCCACGAGUUGCUGGCCAUGCAGCUUAGCAAGGAGCUUCAGCAGAAAGACCAAAUCAUCGAGUCUCUGCACAACAAGCUGCAGCAUCGCCCUGAGACGCCAUCCAGCUGCCAAGCCCUCUCGGAGACCACCGACCCGUCAGACAGGACUUCCUUGGUGUCCGAUGAGUGUCAAACCAACGAAGACCUGGAUCUGUGCUCCGAGUUAGACGCCAGAGACUAUCAGGACCAGGAAGAGCAGCAACAAUCCGAACAAGAUGCCCAUUCAUCGAUCCCUCCUCCUUCUCGUGGACCCCUCCAAUCGUCUUUCAGCUGUCCCGGAAUGCUUUUCUCAGCUUCUGGGUGUUUAACCGCUCCGUCCUUGAAAGCCCCUCUCAGUAUUCCCUUCUCUUCGUCCCUCCCUCCCCUUCGUGACCCUGAUGUCCGAGGUACAGAGGUCACAUAUGACACCCGCCGUAGGGCCCUGUCCGUGAUGGCUGUUCACCCAGAACUGGACACACUGUAUAAACAGAUGAAUGAGCAGAAAAGGGGGUUCCCGGAUCCUCAUGUCAAGCCUCUUUUUUCUCUCUCAGCCGGUCCUCAAAACCAGUGCGACCUCUCAGGCUACAGCCACCUACCUCAUCAUGCCUUUCCGCAGUACCAGCUGGGCGGCAUUCCCGAGGGUCACUCACUUAAGUCGGGCUCGGGUAUGGUAACAGGUGGAGGGACUUUUUGGGACAUGAGCAACAUGACUCAGCCUAUGGGGGACUCUCCUGGAAUCCCUGGACCUUUCCUAGAAAACAACCAGACAGGGCCCAAUUUAAUUGAAGAGCACCUACGGGAGGUGCGAUGUCUUCGCCAGCGUCUGGAAGAGUCCAUUCGGACCAACGAAAGGCUCCGACAGCAGCUGGAGGAAAAAUUAGCAAACACUGGGCGUGACGGAGGAGCAGCUACAAACAUCUACAUUCAAGGGUUGGACACAGUCACACAUCUGUCGAAUGAAAUCCGAGUCCUGACAGACGAGAACUUGAAUCUGCAGUCCCGUCUACAGGCCAGCACAGACUCGUGCGAGGAGCUGAUCGAAGCACGCGCCCGCCUCAAGCAAGCCGAACUGGAAGCUGAGCAGUGGAAGGAGGAUGGAAUCCCUGGACCUUUCCUAGAAAACAACCAGACAGGGCCCAAUUUAAUUGAAGAGCACCUACGGGAGGUGCGAUGUCUUCGCCAGCGUCUGGAAGAGUCCAUUCGGACCAACGAAAGGCGCCGACAGCAGCUGGAGGAAAAAUUAGCAAACACUGGGCGUGACGGAGGAGCAGCUACAAACAUCUACAUUCAAGGGUUGGACACAGUCACACAUCUGUCGAAUGAAAUCCGAGUCCUGACAGACGAGAACUUGAAUCUGCAGUCCCGUCUACAGGCCAGCACAGACUCGUGCGAGGAGCUGAUCGAAGCACGCGCCCGCCUCAAGCAAGCCGAACUGGAAGCUGAGCAGUGGAAGGAGGAGUUGAGACGACUUCAGACACACAGUGAGGAGCAGGGACAGCAGAUUCUCGCCUUGAGGCAAGCCGGUCAGGAGAGAAUCAACAGAGCGCAGCAUGAGGCGUCUCUCCUGCAGCAGCAGUUGUGUGAGAGCAGAGACCUCAUCCACUCCCUGCAGAACGAACUGCACGUGUACGAUCGCGUGUGCUCCAGCUUCAAAUCCAACAAAGGCUUCCUGUGCGAAGCUCCUGGCCUGCCUGUGGAGUUGGGGGAGCUACUGAGCGAGGUGAGGAGUCUGCGGGCCCAGCUGCAGAGCAGCAUCCAGGAGAACAGCGCCUUCAAGCAGCUGGAGCUCCACAAGCAGCUGGAGCAAAAACUGGGCGGCAGCUCCCCUCGCACGCCGUCCCUGUCGGCCUUCGGCGCCAGCCCUCAGAGAGAAAACGUCUACAGGCGACAGCUGCUCCAUGACCCGGCCCCUUCUCCACCUGUCAGGGACAUUGGUCUCUUUAACUGUGGAUCUCCCUGUCCCCCCUACUCGGACCUGGAUGACAGCCAUAGCACCGCCAACGACCCCCUUGACCCGCACUCUGAGCUGGAAGGUGACGCCCCCGAUGGCUCGUUCGCCAACCGUUAUGGCCGCCACGCCGUCGGUCACGUGGAUGACUUUAACGCUCUCCAGCAACAAGUCCUUGAAGGUCGCAGCAUCGUGCAGCGCAUGGAGGCAGCAUUGCGCCCGUGCCUGAGCUCUCCUUCACCGUUAGGAGCCACCCAGAAACAAAACAAUGAGCAGUUCUUGGAUUACGGCAAUGCCACGAGUCUCUUGUCCAACACGAAGACCCUGAGGCAGAUUUUGGAGGAGGCGGCGUCUCUGCUGAAGAUGUUUUGGAGGGCUGCGCUGCCCAGCGCCGACGCCUCCACGCCGAACCUGAAGAAGGAGCAGUCGAUGCAAGAGGAGAUCUUGUCCCUCAAGCUCCGCGUGUCUGAGCAGGAGGAGGUACUGAAGGGGACGAUUCAAAGACUGAGGAGCACCAGUCGCACCAAGGAGAGCAUGGAGCAUUUCAUCGUGAACCAGCUGUCAAGGACUCGGGAUGUUUUGAAGAAAGCAAGGACAAACUUGGAGAAGAACGAGCUGAGACUUUCCUCUCUAAGCUCCUCGUCUUCCGCUCCCUACGCCGCUGAGGAGCCAGGAGGUGGUGCCCGAGAGCAACCUGCUGAUGUCCGGAGCUUGAGGACUGACGGUGUCAAAGCCCCUGGGGCCAACCAGCGCCCUGCUGCCAGGAAGCGCACCAGCCAAUGCUUGCUUUAGACCGCCGAACAACCAGACUCGAUGCUACGGACCUCGACGUUUAAAAUCGCUAAGACCUCCUCUGUCCCCUAAACCUCUUGUCUCCAACCAGGCCUUACCAAACUCCCUUCAGCGUCCCCAAACCCCUCAAAAGCGCAGUCAGUGUUAUUCUUUGAGUGGAACUGUCAGCAGUGUGUAUGAAAGAAGGUGUGUGAAACGUGUCCCUGGUGGUUGCGGUGACAAGCCGGACGGAACGGCUUGAAGAUGCCCUCAAAACGUCGUCUUCCGAGAACCUGUGGAGGGGGAAAGGGUGUUUUCUGCACGUAAAAAGGAGGUUUGUGAGAGGAACUCUGCACACAUACACUUCAUGCUCAGAAAGUUUGGGGUCACUUAGAAAUACAUUGUCUUUAUUUUGGAAGGGGAUAUUCCGCCAUAGUUUGAGCGAAACUGAAGCCCAAGGUACAAGCCACCGCGAGGCCGUGGCAGUGUACCUGCUAUCAGUGUGCCCACAAGUUCAUGGCAAAUGUCUGACAUGUCGUCAUUCACGACUCCUGCCUCUGAUUUGUUCUUUUUUUUUCAGGCGCAGUGGUUUCUAAUCAAUUUAGAGGCACAAAAUGGGGCCAGAGAGGAAUUCCUUUUUAAACUCCCUGUCAGGUCAUACAAUUUUAAUGAACAUGACAAUAAGUAUUUUUAAUUUUCUAACUUUUUUUCUACUUUAAAAAAAAAAAAAUUAAGAUAUUCGCGAGUGACCCACAAACUUUUGAACAAUAGUGUAUGAGUGCGGUGGGUGUGUGGUCAAGAAAGGUUCACUCAAAGACAAACAAUCUGUCAUUCCAUCAAGCACCGAAUAUAUUUCAACCUUUAAAUCGAACUCACUGGCAUUCACAAUGUAUUAGUCGAGAUAAUGGAGGAACGUAGGCCCGGUGGAUUUUUUUGUGACUGUAUAAAAUAUUUUCUGCGACGAGCCAUAGACACCAGCAAGUGGCUCACUGUUUUUGUCACCAGCUUCCUUUUUGGUUCGUCAAGUGCUUAAGUGGCGAGAUUUGGCAUUUCUAAACGUGCAUGUUUGCUGAAAUGUGAGGUUGAAGUGCUGCUGCAAAAAACAAAACAAAAAAAAAAAGCCGAUGUACGAGCAUGUGCAAUAAUGCAGUGACUUCAAGCUAUCACUGGAGUGUGCAUGAUCAAAGAUUGUAGAAAAAAAACAACAACAAUCAAGUUAGAGGAUGGGAGAUUGCCACUACUUGCCAAAGUUUGAACUUUUAACUUGCCUUAACCAUGUGAAUGAGCAAUUAGCCGAUCAGGAUACUGAAGGCUUCUCGAGCCACAAUGGAGCUGGUUUGAUGUUUCCCAUUGUGCAAUGAAUUCUAGUUUUGGACCAAAACAAACAAACGGCGAGGAAAGGAGAGAAAAAAAAAGGCAGAGUUUCUCCAAAAGGUCUCAUGCCAUUCAUUUUGUGUAUCUAUAUGAUGACAUUCUCAUGGCUCAUGGUCAUGUUAUAGAUGACGCAAACUUUGGCAGGAUACUGGUGGGAUCAUUGUUCUGUACAUUUCGCUUUGUUUGACGCUUGUACAUGUGCCAUUCAUGCUGUAAAUAACCUUAUUAUUUGAGAGCGUGCGUGCGUGUGUGUGUGCGCGCGCUUGAAUAAAGACACGUUUGCUUAGGUCAAAGUGAAACAGUUUGGGUAGCUGUGCAAUAACUCUUUUAACGUGAUGUGAAACAUCAAUUGUAUUUCAAAGUGUGUUCGUGCCAUGUAUUAUUUAUACGCAGUUUACAGAGGCCACUUUCUGUUUCCGACAAGAAAUCGCUUUACAUCUUCCAGUAUGCCACCGAGCACAAUAGUUGGCCCCGCAUUCAUAUUUUUGUUGCUUCGCUUGACUUUGAAUUGAAAGUGUUCCUUCCUUUUCAAAUUGGGAGUAUUUUAUUUGCUGGAGCAAACAAAAAACGGCCUUAUUGUUAAUGAGGGAGAAUGAACCAUGUUUUGUGGCGUUCCGGAUGUAUAUAGUGUUGUGUUAUUAAACUUGUGCAGCUUUU